CAUAAUUUCGUCCAAAUUGAAAUAAAUUUCCCCAAUUUUAAAGCCGAAAUGGCAAGACCACAGCGGUUUCCGCCUCAUGGAAUGGAAGAUUAUGAUCUAGGUGCUUUAUCAGACGAACAACAAGCAACUUUGAGCAGUUUUAAGAUUAACACACGAAUGCAAAAUGAAGAUUAUUUAAGAACUCAUCCAGAAGUUGAUGUUUUGAUAUCUGGAUUUUUAAGAGAACUUCUUCUAAGACGACCGAACCAUGUACGAGAGUUUGCGGCUGCUUACUUCAUCAACCCAGACCUGCCAGCUGCAGUGAAAGAAAAAGUCGCACAAAAUCAGAACAAGUCAUAAAUACUUGGCACCAAUUUUUAUUUAUGAGAAUUUAAACGUCUUUUUACUUUUUAUUUCAUGUGGUUUCCGGCCAGUAUUGUCCAACGCACUCACAUCUGCACCAAGUUUUAUUAAACACUCAACAGCUUCAACUGAAUCUGCUUUAUAAGCAAGAUGCAGAGCAGUUUGACCUUUAAAACCAUUUUCAACUUUAAUUCUUUCAUUUAUAUCGCAAUUAUAAGACUCGACCAAA